AUGGAGGUGGAAGUGAACAUGAUGAUCACAGCGUACCACCACCAGGGUUUCAACGGCUACGGCGGGAGCAUGGACGCAGUGCAAGGCAUUCAUGAGAAAAAAGCCGUUAAAAAGGAUUUUUUUUCAAAUCCUAUUAAACAACUGUCCGGCUGGCACUGGCGAGCUACUGCCACGGGUCCAAACGAUGCGAGCGACGACCGAGCCGCUGUCAUGGGCGAGUUGCUGUCGGGCGAGACGGAUCUGGAGACUCUGUCGGAGGUACCCGACGAGGCGUUCGGCGAGCGCGAGCAGUUCGAGCAGCUGUACUACCAGCUGGUGGCGGAGGCGCGCAGCCUGCUCAAGCGCAGCAGCCUGCCCGCGCUGCCGCCGCCUGCUGAGGAGGGGUCGGAGGCAGGCUCCAGUGCACCACACGUUAAGGCCGUGCACCUGGAGCUUGUCACCGAUCUGUCUAAGGAAGCAUUCUUGGCUGCGCUGGCUCGCUUCACGGCUCGUCGGGAGAUCCAAAUGGAGAAGCUCCAGAGGCCAGCUGCAAGAAGGAGACCUGGUUCUACUGAAGGACGCCUCACAACCUCCACUCCUAUGGCUCAUGGGACGCGUCACUGCCAUCGAACCAUCCAGCGACGGCCUUGCAAGAAUUGUCCAAGUCAACACGCGAAAAGGACUAUUACGCCGAGCAUAUCAAAACUUGUGCUUACUACCUAAAAAUUAGAUUUUGACUUUAUCAACGCCGGGGAGUGUUUCGUUAAUAAUUAAUUUAGUAUAUUCAUUCAGUAGAUUCAUUCAGUAGAUUCAUUCAAUCGUUCAUUCAUGUAUUCAUUCAUUCAAUUUACAUCUAUCAUGGUGGCUAGCUCGAUAUUGUGACCUUACAAUAAACCUCUGUUUAAAGUC